CGCAGGCCUGCUGGGCAGCAACCCGGGCGCAGCCGUUUUGCCAACCCGCAAAAAUCGGCUGGUGACCUCGGUAGGAUCGCUGCGGAGGACUGCGCCAACUUCUAGGACAGCUCAAGGCCGCUGGAGCUCGAGCACUGCCGGUGCUUGAGGGCUGCUGUGAUGGAGCAAAACGACUCCGACGACGAGAGCGUAACACCGACGCUGCCUGGCUUCGUGCGCGCGUCCAAGCCGCCAGCGCUGCCCGGUUUCGUGCGUCCGGCGUCGCGGCCGAAGAAAAAGACCAGCGGCGCCGACGUGGCCGCAGCGUACAAAUCCCUCGUUCGACAACCAAAGCCGCCGAGCGCGGCGCCAGAGCCAAGCGUUGCAGUCGGUCCGGCGCGGAUGGCCACUUGCGCCGCGUGCGGCGCCACGUACGACCCUCUGGCGCGAGAGGCGCACGAGGCAUCGAUCUCGCAUCAGCUGGCCGUUGGUCCGCGGACACGCGGCCGCCGCGUUAUGCUGCCCGAUUCAAAUCCUGGUGCGAAGCUGCUGGAGCGCAUGGGCUGGCAAGACGAUGGCGAGCGUCCUGGCCUCGGCGCACCCGGGAAGGAGGGCAGGAUUCAGCCGCUCGCUGUAGCCCUAAAACGCGACACCUCGGGCCUCGGGAGCCGUGCGUACGAAAAUCGUGUGUCCCAUUUUUCCGCCAACGACGCCGCCGCGGUUGCGCCGCCACGCCCACCGAAACCUCCGCCGCCGCCGCCGCCCUCGCGGAAGGCGCGGCGCCGGGCCGAGGCCGAGGAUCGGCGACGAAGCGUGCGGCUGCGACGAGACCUCGCAGACGCGAUCCCCGAGGGGUACGAGGAACUGUUUCGAUAAGUAUGUUACACAAA